AUGAAUUAUGAGGACGAAGACGUUCUGGCUUGGAGAGACGAUACUCCACAAAGAGUUUCAAAACAGAAUAAUGUUUAUAGGCAAAAAAAUCCCGACGAGAUUCCUCCUCACCUAAAAUCUUCCGAGAUUCUUGGAACUCAGAAGUCUAAUUUGAAACGUAUUGCGGAUUCUACCCACACGCACAUGUUUUAUAAUGAGAACGAAGGACAAAUUGAAUUAUGGGGUUCGCGAAAAAAUGUUGAAUCAGCUAUUAGGCAAUGGAAUUCCAUAGCUGAAAACUUAUUAGCAGAAAAACAACUGAGACUAAGGGGUUCCAAGGAAGUGUUAAAUCCGGUUCGCGCUCAAACUAAAAGCUAUAUAUGGUUUGAACCAGGACCAAAUUGUUUUACAGCUUCUGGCGAUAAUUCUGAAGCUGUUGAAGCAGCCAUAUUACGAGUAAAGAAUCUUUAUCUGAAACUUGUUGCGUCUCGAAGUAUUCCAAUGCAUCAAGGAGUGUGUAUAGGAUGGAUUUAUCAUCUAAUUCAACAACCAAAAAGGUCUUGCCUGGUUCGGCUUUCAUCUCCACCACUCGAUUUUGUAAAACCCUAUGACAUGCCUCCACAAAUUAAAUUUGUAAUUCUUGAACGUGUUCUUGAUGGAGAAAUUGAGACAGGAGUAAAAAAAAUUAAAAAUAAUGAUAAACCUGUUACAGAUGUAAAUUUUGUGAAAAAAAAUAACAUAGAAAAAAUCAACAAAGCUUUGAAGGAUGCAUUGGGUGUUAUCCAUUUAUUUGACGAAGAAAUAAAAAUGCGCAUUAGAUUAUGGCCAAUUGAUAGAUUAUGCGAGAAAAUUUUAAGUGAUUCUCGUUUGUCAUCUAAAUUUGCCACAUGUAUGGCUACGGGUAACGAUAAAUUAAAACCAAUAAGAGAUACACUUGAUGAAAAAGAAAAUCAACGAUGGGAUGGAAUACCUUUUAGUGAAUUUAAGAUUUGCGCAAUUCAACCUAAUAAUGAUGAACACGAACACGAAUACAUAUUUGAUGUGCAAUUUAAUCAAGCAGGUCGUGAUAAUAAAAAACCUGACGAACUUAAAGGUGAAAGUAAAAUUGGAUUAUGGAAUGCAGUUACUAAUGAAAAGAAAGUAAUAGAGAUUAAUAUGGCGUGUCUUGAUUACAAGCAUUCGUGGAAACUUUCUAUUCAAACUGCAAAACGAGUUAACAAUGAUAAAUUUAAAGCUCAUGGAAUAUUUGCUCACAAGUUGAAAUUAAGUCCUGAUAAGAAUCGUUUGAUUUACAUCAAUACCAAAGAUAUUGCAGUUUUUUCGGUUUGUGAAAAAACAAAAUAUAAGUAUUGGUGGAAUUACGAUUACGUUGUUGAGAUAACGAAAUAUGAAUAUUGGAAAUUAAACGAAUCACAACCGCCUGGAGUAGAAAUUAUGAUUGGUGAUCGUCCAGAUGAUAUAUCUUGGGGAGUCACUCUAUACAAGAAAUCCUGGGACGAAAAUUUCGCUCAUAACUCUAAUUUAGAUGCCGGUGAAGUACCUGAUUGGCAUCCUACUGAUAUUUUAGAAGGUGAAUCUGGUAGCGUAGAGGGUUUAUUAGAAGAUAUCGAAAAGUUUAUGAGUGAUGUUUUGAAAGAUAGUAUAGACGUUGGAGAUUAUAUUGAAGAUUAUGGUGAAGAAGAUUAA